GUUGCAGUCUCGAGACCUUCAGGACAAGUGCGCCCUUCAUCCCAACGCCCCGCCACACAGCCAGAAAAUAGAUCGAGACAAGGAAACUUACCACAACAUUUCUCACUCCAAAGCGUGCUUGGGGCACAGCACGCGCCGCUUUAUAGUGCGCGCCGCUGGCAAGGCUGGUCCUCGGCGCCAGCCUGCGCUCCGCCCGAGGCGUCCAAUACACGCGCCUGUUUGGGAAACUCCGCUUUAGUGCUUAGGCAAAGGAUUAUUACCCGCUCCCGCUAGAAUCUUCCUGAAAAAGCGAAGAGGCAUUGUCUUUGGGGCUGACAAAAAGGGAGAAGGAUAUGUUGGAAACGAUUGUCUUGUCACCCGCGUCCGGCAAUUCUCAAGACAGAAUCAAAGAUGGGCCGUGCAGAGAAAGGACCCCGAGGGCGGUGCUGCCCGAGAGAGAAACUGCUGGGGCAUUUUGAGCGGCGGGGGCUUGGAGGGAGGCUGCAGAGGCGGGGCCCAAGCCGAAGGGCCGGCUUCAAAGAAUAGCCAUGUCUGGCUGGGUCGGCACAACCUGUUUGAGCCUGAAGACAGGCCAGAGCAUCCCUGUCAGCCGCAGCUUCCUACAUCCGCUCUACAACAUGAGCCUUCUGAAACAUCAAAGCCUUGGUCCAGAUGAAAACUACAGCGACCACCUCAUGCUGCUCUGCCUGCUGGAGGCUGCCAAGAUCACAGACACUGUGAAGGUCCUGGGCCUGCCCACCCGGGAGCCAGCACUGGGGACCACCUGCUAUGCUGCAGGCUGGGGCAGCAUCCAACCAAAGGAGUUCUUCCACCCAAAGAGUCUUCAGUGUGUGAGCCUCCAUCUCUUUUCCAAUGACAUGUGUGCCAGAGCUUACUCUGAGACGGUGACAGAGUUCAUGUUGUGUGCUGGGCACUGGACAGGCGGAAAAGACACUUGCAAGGGUGAUUCUGGGGGUCCACUUGUCUGUAAUGGUGUGCUUCAAGGUAUCACGUCAUGGGGCCCUGAUCCAUGUGCCCUGCCUGAAAAGCCUGGUGUGUACACCAAGGUGGUGCAUUACCGGAAGUGGAUCAAGGACACCAUCAUGGCCAACCUCUGAGUGCACCUGUCCCACCCCUACCUCCACUUGUGGGUAACCACCCUCCUGCUCAGCUUCCUAUAAUUGCUGGGCCAGCAGGAGCCGGGAAGGCUCUGAACAGCUGAAGGGCCUUUGGCGCAUGUUCUGACAUUACUGCACUAGGAGGAUCCCGGCGCACUGCUAUGACGUCACGUCGGCGCGACUAUCCAGCAUAACCGGAGGGCCUCUCUAGUCACAGGUAUCACAUGGCACUGCCCACGUCUGCCCCCUUGUGUCCACCAUGGUGUCUGACUUAGGCUUUGUGUCCAUAGGGAGGAGCCUAGGACCGCAGGGAGGCUUGGGUCACAAGAUGCUAGAGAAAAGUCAGAUGUGUCCAGCCUAUGAAACCUGAACUACGUGGCUUUUGGGAAGAGGGUAGGGUCCUGAAUUUAUGGGUCCUCCUCAAGUUCAGGAUCUUCCCUGGUGGGUCGCCUUGAUAGGUUGUAUCGUGCCAACAUCAGCAUUAUUUCAGACACAUCUUGUAAUAUGGACUACUCAGGGCACCUGAUGGACACCGUGGUGUGUGCAUGUUUGGAGGGUCCUAAGAUCAGAGCUGGGAGUGAGAAGAGGUAUGGGAACAGGUUUAAGAGUAGGAAUAGGGUUGGGUUUGGUUUCUUUUAGCCGAGGGAAAAUAAUGAGGAUAGGAAUUAGGGGGUGGAACAGAAAGAGCAGUUAGAAUGUGCAGUGGAGUAGUGGUUGUGGUUAGAAUUGGGGAUAGAGUUAAGUAAAAUUGGAUUGGUAUUGGACUGAAUGACAUGAGAGUUGGUUUGGGUUGGUAUGGUUAAGUGGUUGGAAUGGUUUGGGUUGAUUUUCAGAGGGAAAAAUCUGAAGGAUAGUAGUCUGUGUACUUUGGGAUGCAUAAGGCAUUCCCCUUAGAUGAGGCUGGCAACUGAGGGAGGGAGGGAACAUUCUGGUCCAGCCAUUGGGGGUGUACCACCCUCCCGGGGGCUGCCUAGGUCUCUCUCCUUGUCUCUGUAUGUCUGGUCUCACUGUGUCUCUCAGGAUCUGGCUCUGCUUGUGUGUCUGUGUGACUGUGUUUUGGUCUCUGUCUCCCUCUUGCUUCUCUGUCUCUUUGUUUCUGCAUCUCCACCAUCUCUGUCUGUCUCUGGGUUUCUCUGGCAUCGCUGUCACUGAUCCUCACCCUCCAGCUCGCUGCCCAUCUCUCUCUCUAUCUGGGUCUCUACCUCACCGCUCCCCCAUCCCUACAAACACACACCCAGAUGGGCCUAAGGGAGGCCCAAGAGCAA